AUGGUUGAACAAUUACAUACGUUACAAUCAAUAGCUAUAGAGGACGAGUCCGCUCCAUCUUUGGCGGUUUCCAACCGUUUUGUUCCGGCAUUAUACGAACUCAAAUUGGACAUUAACCAUACAAAACCAAACUUCCAAGGUCAAUUAGACAUUCUUUUGAAAGAGAACGACGUUUAUAAUGUUGAAAGACUGCAAACAUCCACUAAAUUCUCAUUAUCUUUACAUGCAUCCAAAUUAGUCAUUACCAAGGCAGUUUUGAAUACCACUUCUGAAGUCAAACUUACUGUUAAAUACGACAGAAUCAACAGUCAGGUGACUCUUUCUUCGUCAGAAGAUGUCGAAAUUGUAGAUGUCGCUAAUCUGAAAGUCUCCAUUACGUACAUGGGGCAGAUCAAUAGCAUCAAAACGUACCAAGAUAAAACCCAUGGUUUGUUCAAGACUAAUUAUUUGGACAGUGUCUCAGGAAAGUCUAACAAUUAUAUUCUUUCUACUCACUUCCAGCCUCAUUCUGCCAAGUUGGUCUUUCCCUUGAUCGAAGAAUUGCACGUCAAGACUCCGAUCAAGUUGACCAUCACUACUCUAUCCAAAUUUAAAGUAAUUUCAGUUGGUAAACUUCUACUGAAUCAGCCAUUGGAGAUGAGUGAAAACUCUACUUUCAGCUUUGAAACUUCUCCUCCAAUUGCGCCUUCUGUAUUUGGAUUUGUAAUCGGUGAUUUUGAAUACUUGGAAGACAAAUAUGGCGAUCUUCCUCUUCGUGUAUACACAAGUAUUGGUGAAAGCAGAUAUGCUAUUCGUGCUCUUAAACUGAUGAAGAAAUUGCUUCCUAUUCUUGAAAGUUUGCUUGAUGUCAAGUAUCCUUUGGAAAAGCUUGAUUUCGUUUCUAUUCCAUUCUUAAACGAUGGAGCCAUGGAAAAUUGGGGCUUGGUAACUGUUCUUUCUAACCAAUUGCUUGUGGAUGAAAGCACAGCCAGCCCAUCCACUUUAAGACAAAUUGACCAAAUAGUUGCACAUGAACUUGUCCACCAAUGGAUAGGAAACUUGGUUACAUUUGAUGACUGGAAAUACUUGUGGUUGAACGAAUCCUUCGCUACAUGGCUCGGUAACUAUAUUCUUGACGUUGCUGAUAACUCUCACCCAAAAGACAAAGAAUUUGAAAAAUUCCUUGACCAAGACUGCUUCUAUGCUGAAGACAAGUUCUCAAUCCCAAGCAUCAAUACCUAUAUGUCCAAAAUAGAUACCGGAUUAAACUCUUUGACAUCGACAAUUUUUGAUACACAUGCUUACGAGAAGGGUAUAAUUUUAUUAAGAAUGAUUGGAAAUAUCAUACAUGUAGAUGGGGAUCCAACAUCAGCUAGUGAGGGUGAUGACUACACGAGAAUGUUGCGUGGAAUCGGCGCACUUAUCAAAAAGUAUCAGUACAAGUCAAUCAAGGCAUUUGAAAUUUGGAAUACAUUGAACGAGUUGACAUCCAUUGACUUGCAGAGUUUCGUCCAUUCUUGGUUAAGAUACCCUGGAUUUCCAUUGGUUCAAGUUACUACCAAUGACGACAACUCCAAGUUGUUAUUUGAACAACAUCAAUGUUUGUACAAUUUGAGGGCAGACCAAGUUAAUUUAGAAGACCAUCCUUUUCAUGUCCCAUUGUUUAUCAAGGUGAUAGAUGACAAGGGCUCAUCGAAAGUAUUGAAUAUCAUAAUGACAGACCGUACUUUGGAAUUGGAUAUUUCCUUGGCUCAAUUAGUCAAUAUUAACCACAACCAUAGUGGUUACUACCGUGUCAAGUAUUCCCCAAAACUAAUUGCCAAUAUCAUUGAGAACAUUGAUAAGGUGUCCCUGACUGAUUUGAUUACCAUCAUCAAUGACUAUGGAAAGCUUUUAGGAAGUGUUGGCACUACAAAAGAAGAUCUCAUUUCUUUAGUACAGAUCAUUGAAGCUGUUUGCAAGAGAUCACACAUUGACUACGAUUUAUUACAAGUUGCGAUGACCUAUUUAGAAACAAUCAACUCAAACUUGAUGCAUUUCAGUAAAUAUACUGAGUUCCAGGUAUGGGUUGACAACUUAGUUAGCACUUUGUUCCAAAGAAUUGGUGGAUGGGACAAAUUGCAGUCUUUCAAAGAUAGUCAUUGCUACGAUCCUGUAGAAAUGGAAGUUAGAAACGCCAUUCUUCAAAUUGGAGUAUACCGUUCAGACUUCCAAGAAGUUGGCAAAAAGUUAUUCAAGAAUUUCGUUAAUUCGGGAAUAAACAAAUCGUUUACUCCCAAACAAUUGGCAACAUCCAUGUUCAAUACAAUGAUCUACAAUGCCCCACAGAAGGACUACAAGCGAGUCUUAGAGUUUGUCAAGAAUUCCAACAAUUCUCUUUUGGAGCAUACCGACCUUACGAACCUGGAUUUGCAAACCACAGCAGUAUCGUCGUUGUCGUUUGUACACAAGGACGAUUUGCUUCAUAAGACCUUGAACUUUGUCAUGACCAACAUCGAUGCUAAAAUGAUAGAGUUAGGCUUGAUUGGAUUCCAGUACAAGAGCUCCAAACAAGACAAGCUUAAAUUGUUCCAAUGGUAUAAGCUCCAUUACGACCAGUGGGUAUUACGUUCGUUAAGAAAGGGUUCCGAUUGGUCAAAGCAAAUCGGUAUUACGGUUUCAAACAUUUCGAAGAUGGUCUUAGGAACCAUAAUGCAAUUCGAUCCCGAACUUGUCGAAUUGAGAGAAAAAUUUGUUAAGGACAAACUUGCGACGUUACCUCCUCACGGUUUACAAGAAUUGCUUGAAGCGGUACAGGAUGAAAACGAAGAGAAGGUGUUGAUCGGCGGUUAUUAUGACGACUUGGUCCUGCAAGUGCUUAGAGCUUGA